AUGAGAAACAAGCGGCCUGUAUUAACAUGCUACGAGCAUGGCAAAGAAAUUGCUGAUGUAGGGCAAGCGAUUGAACAUCUCAGGGCGAAACAUGUCGGCUUUAUCAGGCGUCCUGGGCGCCUCGGACAAAUGGAUGCACAUGGGCAUUACUGGUACUGCUUUGAUUGCCGCACCGAGCUGAAAGAUCAUCGCAGUUUCGAUUCCGAUGAAGCAAUAUGGAGUCACUUGAAGAGCAGACACAGCUGUGCGAUGGACUAA